AUGCUAGGAUUGCGCCUGUUGGUAAUAUUUAGUUGGCUGCAAAAUGUCCAUGGGUCAAUCAGCUGGCUGUGAGUUUGGUUGGGUGUGGAUAAUUCAUUUUCACAAUAAGAUUCCUUUUAUUCAAUAUGUAUGAAUGAUGACUUGUUUAAAUGAUCACAAAUUGCAGUGUGGUUGGGAUGGCCGGUCAAUCCCCUCAUAUCCAUCAUGAUCUGCCCGUCAAACCAGCGCAGAUCUGCAAAGAAUUACCGGGCCUGACACGAAGACAGAUAAAAUUUUGUAGACGUAAUCUGGACACCAUGGAAUCGAUCAGAGAAGGAGCCAAAGAGGCAUACGAAGAGUGCCAAUUCCAAUUCCAGAAACGUCGAUGGAACUGUACAAUGAUGACAGAAGACGGUCAUCUUUUUGCCGACGCCAUCCUCAAAGAUGGAACCCGAGAGGCCGCCUUUGUCCACGCUAUCAGUGCUGCCGGGGUUGCUUACCGGAUAACAAAAGACUGCAAACGAGGACGAAUAUCCAAAUGUGGAUGUGAUAUUGGACUGACAACAAGGUAAGUGAUCCCUUCCGCUCUAAUAUGGUUGAAGAACCAUGAUGCCGAGCAGAAAGUACUCUUAUCGGGGAUGUUCUGACAAUGUCAACUAUGGUAUCGCCGUCUCGGCUGAAUUUGUGGAUGCCGCCGAAAAGCAAAAGAAUCAGUCGAUGGAAACGAGGAUGAUGAAUCAACAUAACAACAGAGCUGGGAGAGAAGUAAACGGCUUAACGAUGGAUAUAAAUUCAUUUCUAGAUCCUGGCCAGCAGCAUUAAAACCCGGUGCAAAUGUCAUGGUGUAAGUGGGGCUUGUGAAGUGAAGACCUGCUGGGAGGAAUUGCCAGAAUUCAGGGAGAUUGCAACGCUUCUAAAGGACAAAUUCGAUGGAGCUACCGAAGUUGAGAUCACACGGGAUGAACAGAAUGGACUGCCGAUUGUGGAGAGGAAGAAUCCGCUUUUCAAAAGACACACUUCCUCUGAUCUGAUAUAUCUCCAUCCUUCUCACGAUUACUGUGAACCUGAUUAUGAAAAAGGAGUCCUGGGGACGCACGGAAGACCUUGUAAUAUAUCGAAUAUGGCACUGGACAGCUGUGAUUUAGUAAGUAUUUAUUGUAUGUAAUGUUACACAAUCUUGACUAAUAAGUGGACUGUCUGCAAUGCAACGCUCAGAUUUUGUUUAGAGAGCGCACGCAUAUUGCACAUGGGACACACAUCAAUGCCUGAAGGUUUUAGACCGCGAUUCGCACGCUCCACCAGGAUAUUCAACAAUUUUGCUAGUAUACGAAAGGCGGAGAACAAUCAGAUAGAAAAAAUUGGCCAUAUUUGCCAGUUUCGCACGAAAAAAUUGAUUUUUUUUGCGGAAAAAUUACUCUCUACAGUAGAAAUAGGAAACUUUCCAUGCCAAAGUUCGCAAAGAAAUGUCGCAUUUUUGCCCUAAUAAUCUCGGUCGUUUCUGCAAAACGCGAACAAGAAAGCUUGCAUAUGGCCUAGAAAAAAAUAAUCUAAAUUUGUUUCAUCAAACCUUGUCGCCCUUGGAGUAAUUCCCCUGUAAAUAAAAACUAUAUUUAGCUAUGCUGUCAUCGUGGAUAUAAUCUUGAAGUGAAGACGGUUCAGGAAAGAUGUAAAUGUAAAUUCCAUUACUGUUGUCGAGUGGAAUGUCAGACCUGCGAAAAAGUGGUAGAAACUUACACCUGCAAGUAA